AUGGAAUGCAUGCAGGCUGGGGACGAUGGGAUUUGUUCCUGGUUGAAUGCUUUAAUCUUCGGACAGAGGUGGGAAGGGGGUUUCUUGGAGUUUAAAAAAAAAAGGGUGGGCAGGAAGGCAGGGAGGCAAGGAGGGGGUUCCUGGAUUGGUGUCCAAGCUGGCCCCAAUCCUAGCCAGCCCUUUACGUUACACAGCCUGGGGAAUGCCUUUCCCAUCCGUUCGGCGCUGGGCCUGCCCUUUCCAGCGUCGAGUGGCCUUCGAGUUCCAGUCCCGCCAGCUUGUCUUCUCCGUGGCCUGUUGGGGGGCUGUCUCUCAGCCCCAAAAGUUAGCCUUGGCUGGUGGCCCGGAAGGCCCUACCGUUCCCCUCCCCGAUCCGGCUUCACCUUCUCCUGCUCGGGAGCUGGCGGCCGCUGGGCCUUUCCUGCCCCGAUGGCGGCCAAGUGGUUUAAGGAGUUCCCGGCCAACCUGAAAACGGCCUCGGAACGCGCCAAGCCGGGCGGCGGGGUCAACCUCGGCAAGCUGAGCGGCGCUUCCCGAAAACCCCCGGUGCCCUCGGACGCGGGGACGGCGUCCGUGCCCGGGAAGAACCGCAAAAACUCGGCCACGGACCUGGCCGGGCCACGGACCCUGGGGAAGGAUGGAGGUGGUGGAGGCCGGCUGUCCCGGGACAAUUUCCAAGGCCUCCUGCAAGCAGCCACAGGGAAAAUGCGGAAAAAUUCUCGGGUGGACGGCCCGCCGACGGAAGAGCCGGCCCGGGGGGUCCCCAAAAGCAACCCCAGUGGGGGGACCUACAUCAACCGGCUCAUCAAAGUGGAUGCCCACGAGAAAAAUGGGAAAACCUACCCAGGGACCCUCCCGAAUCCGUCUGCAGCCCCAGAGCCAGAAAAAGCAGUCAAACAGGAGACGGUGAUUAUUCUGGAAGAUUACGCCGAUCCAUACGACGCCAAACAGACCAAAGGCCAGCGGGAGGCAGAGAGGCUGGGCGAAAACGACGGCUACAUGGAGCCUUACGACGCUCAGCAGAUGAUCACCGAGAUCCGACGGCGGGGUUCAAAGGACCCUCUGGUGAAAGCCGUCUUGCUCCUGGACGAGCCGGCCGAGGCCAAAGGAGACCCCGGCGCCAAGCGUCCGAGUGCCAAGCCGCCGCAACUCUACGACACCCCGUACGAACCGACCGAGGCCGGGCCGAAGCCCGAAGCCCGACUGCCUGUAAAUGACGAGCGGCCGCCGGCCGAGUACGAACAGCCCUGGGAGUGGAAGAAAGACCAGAUUGUCAAGGCGCUUUCAGUGCAGUUUGAUGGAUCCGAACGGCCUCUGGCAGCAGCUAAGGAGGAGACGGCGGCCCCACCGCGGCAACAGCAUUGCCGCCAAAGAAGCUGGCCCUCGAGGAUGGUGAAGCCCCAGUCGGUGGUGGGCGAGCCGGGCACGGACGGGGAGCCGGUGGAUCCUGCCCUCGCCCUGGAGAAACAGCCCUGGUUUCACGGCACAAUCACGCGGGCGGAAGCUGAGAGCCGGUUGCAGCCGUGCAAGGAAGCCGGGUUCCUCGUGCGAACCAGCGAGACAGGCACCAGCAAAUAUUCCAUCACUCUCAAGACCAGCCAGGGCUGCGUCCACAUCAUCGUGGCCCAGACGAAGGAUCACAGGUACACCCUCGACCAGACCGGCGGUCUCUUCAACAGCGUCCCCGAAGUCGUCCGGUAUUACUCUACCGAGAAACUGCCCUUCAAAGGGGCCGAGCACAUGACCCUCCGCUACCCGGUCCUCGUUCCUGGCAAAGCCCACUAGCUCACGCCCCCCCCCGGCCCGGCCUGGGAACUGGGCUGGCGGGAGGGACAGGCGUCCGCGAUGGGCGAGAAGGCACCUCUACGCCCGUGUGACUGCGCCAAAUUGGGAUCGGAUCAAGGCAACGCCCUGCCCCUUUCUUGGCUUUCCCCCCAAAUCCUAGCCGACCCCUUGUCACCUUCCGGAAGAGACAGCUGGGGUGUAACUAAGGUCGGCGGACUGGGCCGUCACCCCGGGGAUACCCCCACCCCCCAAAAUUUAGGAGGCACUGAGAUCCAGAGGAGAAUCUGUAGAUGAUGGUCAUUAGGAAACAGAAGAGGAGCGUGGCCCUACGCGCUUUGUUUUUUUCUGAAGGUAUCAAGCUGGUCUUGCUUGCGGGGGAAACAGUGGGGUGCAAUGGAGAGAUGGUUUUGCUUGCCCCCGGGGGCCAAAAACGCCUAAUUGCAGCUCCCAUUACAGUGGUGCCUCGCUUAAUGAUUGCCCCGCUCUACAACGAAAUCACUGUACGAUUAGGCUUUUGCUAUCGCAAAGCGAUGUUUCAAAUGGGGUUUUUUUGUUUAA